CAUAUAAUGUUGGAAUAAUGGAACAACAUAUACUUCCUAUUAUUUAAGGAAGGAUACUGGACCUUCUGAUUGAUUUUGAGCGUAAAAAUGGUGCAAAUCAACGAGAAAAGGAUUUGGAUUUGAAGUUUGACUCUUUUUAGCUGAAUAUAGAACUCCUUUCAUCCCUACGCAGAAGUAUUCUAAAAUGUAUCGUCUUGAAACUAGUUGAAUUUCGCAAAACUGAAUUUAUUCUAAUUUUAUAUAUUGAUUUGACCUAAAAUUGGGAUAAAAUUCAUGAAAGAUUUAUAUGUCGACAUAUACGUAUAAACAUAGUAGAAGAUUGAAUUGAACUAUAGAAUCAAGCCUAUUUUUAAUACGAUGAGUUUUACUUAGCGGAUACGUCCAGACCAUCGAUCUCUCAAUUUAAUUGGUGUUUACGUCGCCGAGUGGAACGACUCCGUUUACCUCUGCCGUGAACCCUCCCGGCACCACAGAAAUCCCGGCUGUUCACGCCGAAAAAUGAGGCCGCUUCCGGAGAAUCCGUUCAAUUUGAAUGCGGUCGCUCGAAAGAUCGACGUCGACAAUCGAAUCGCUCUCCGCAAUUACUACCGAAUCGCCGAUGACCUUGUCAAACAGGCAAGUAUUUAUCGGGGGGAAAGGAAUAUUGUAGACUUGUAUAUCAUACUUCUUAGGUAUUCAAGUUUGGUGUCUGAAACAAUACCAUUCCAUCGAGAUUACCAGGUUUUUCUUACAAAAGAGAGAACAUAUUACAGGAAGAAACUGUUAGCUGUAUUAGAUGAGCUUGAAUCUUUGAAGCCAGAAUUCGACCGUCGAGUGAAUGAAAUGAACAAAGCUUUUGCAAGAGCUCAACACUAUCAACUUGAUGGCCGAGAAAGAACAUAUGGUUCAGAUGCAUUUUCUCUGGAAUGGCCAUCUGUCAAUAGGGAAGUUUCUUUGAGCAUAGAUAAUAACCAGCCAGUUAGGAUGGCGCUUUUGUCUUCACGGAUGCAAAACAAUGGUCAGACUCGGGUUUUGCCAUCAAAUUCUAUUGACAUGCAGUUCCAGAAGCUAUCUGUUAGUCUACCUCUUCCCAAGAAGGAAACAUUGUCUAGACACUCAAUUUUAGGCCCAGAUGGUCUUCAAGGUCGGUGGCUGGGUCCUAGUGCAGAGAUAAAGGUUCAUUAUCCAAGCAAUAUGGACUUAACUGCAGAUGAAAAUUCAGGUCUGAAUCAGGCUGGACAAUACGACAUCGUGGCAGUAAAAGAUGGCGAUUUGGAAGUGAAUAGAUCUACCAUGGAAUCAGUGCUCUCCUUAGAUGAUGGUAGAUGGGUAUCUCCUUCAGUGGAUUCCUGUCCUCCAUUUAAUAUUGAAGCAAGGAGAAAUUAUCUUCCACUGGGCAAUAUCAGGCAACCUUCUCCACCUCCUGUGCUUGCUCAAGUACAACCAGAUAUUGUUCCAAUCUCCCCGUCAAGAGUUACGGAUCCAAAACCCGGGCCUGCGAAUCCAUCCAAGGAUGAGAUUCCUGGUUCUAAUUCUUAUCAGCAUUUACACAUUUCGGUAAAGAUGAUGGAAGAUUUUUUGAGAUUGGCACAAGCAAAUACAGCAAAAAACUUAGAAACAUGUGGUGUGCUUGCUUGCUGGCUUACUGAAAAACAGGGUAUUCCAUAUUACUACACUUACAAUCCCAAAGCAGGAAUCAACUUCAGACUCGGUAAGAAAAUAGUUCUCACAUUAUUAGUUGGUUCAGUUUUAUUGGCCUUUUUUUAGUUUCAGCUUUUUAUAAUUUCAAAUUGUUUUUCUAGUUUUCUUAAUGCUGCCAUUUUGUUUUUUAUAUUUAUUUUAUAUAUAUGUUGUCAACUCUGAAUGCUGAUUCUUGUGACUGUUUGAGGAGAAGGAGGUUUCAGCAUCAAUGAUAUUUAAAUAUAUCCUACGAAAGUUCCUAUCUUCAUUUUCCCAGGAGGAUCCUUUUGGAGGGAGAGGUAUAUCCUAUGAAAGUUCCUAUCUUCAUUUUCCCAAGAGUACCCUUUUGGAGAGGUUUAUCUGUGCUUUUGCCACUGAGGCAAAUACUAAGAACUUUUUUCACUGGUUAAAUCAAAGAGUUGCUAUCCUGUUUCUGAGUUUUCUAAAUGAGGCAGAUAGGGUGUGAAUAAUGUGUUGAUAAUUCUAAUCCCACUAUAACAAGUGUUAAAAUACAAGCUUGCGCUUGACUUCAUGGUCACAGAAAUCCGAGCAACCAUUGAACUAAGGCUCUAAUUUAAU